AAAUUUUUGUUCCUUCUAAUAACAAUAUAGUCUGCGGAAAGUUCAAUCCCUCGAACGGUGGUACGAUCAGGAUUGUAUAUACACGUGAAUUGUGAGAAGUAUAUAGCCACCUGCAUGUUUCGAAAUUCCAAUAUUCCUCUUCUUUCAACCCUCGAAGCAGUUCAUCUUCUAUCACCUCGAGUUGAGCUCAAUAAUGAUACACCAAGCGUACGAGAAAAUUGGUAUUGUAGGAGUAAGUACGACUCCAAAACUGGGAUCUUCAUGUUCUGAAAAAUCACAUUCAGCCCGGGAGGCCUCAGAAAAUCUAGGUUCAGCAAUUUCCAAAGAACUGAUCGAUUCCCAGCCCUUCAAAAUCAACGUCGUCACACGGUAA